UUCUUUUUUAGUUGGUGUUUGUCUCUUUGGCUUGCUUGCUUGCUAUCUAGUUGCUAUAACUUGAUCUUAAACAAAAGCCUAUUACAAGCCUGAUCUCUCUCUCUCUCUCUCUCUCUCUCUCUCUCUCUCCGAAGGAGAUAGCUAGCUAGGAUUAAUAUUAUAUUUGCAUGAAACCCAUUUCACGUUGCAUCUCAAAUUCUCGUUCCCACAUGUAUAGGUUCUUGUUUCGGAGUUUUAAGUCCCUCUAUUUUUGGCCUCACUUCAGAAAGUGGUUCUUCUUCUACACCUGUUUUCUUCAAAUUCUGCUGCUUUUGGAGUUUUGAAGAGUAAAGUUGCAGCUUUUUUUUUGCUCUUGGCUAGAAAGAAACCGAAUGACUUUCAAUUAAUAUGUUUGUGUGAUGCAGGUGAACUUUCCUCAGUUAUAAAUUGAAGGGCUUGGAGGGGUCUUUAUAUACAGUAUAAAGGAUAAGAUGAUCAAGAAGAUGGGACCCUUUGAGGGAUGAAAGCUGAGGAAUUAUUUAUAGGAGCAUCUCGCAGUAUUAUGAAGUGAGAAAAUUGUCAAACAUAUACUGAUAGAAAGAAAAUACCAGCUGAGAAAAUGAAGUUCAUGAAAAUUGGGACCAGGCCAGACACCUUCUACACAGAAGAAGCUGUCAGGACUUUGAUCUCAGAUGUACCUAGUGAUCUUUCUAUACAGAUUAACAACAUCAGCUAUCUUCUCCAUAAGCUGCAGUUUUCACUUUUUCCAAGAUGUGGGCUCUUGCAACGCCUGUGCUCGGAUUCGGAUGACUCAGAGAAUGUCACAAUAGAGCUCCAUGAUAUUCCUGGAGGAGAAGAUGCUUUUGAGCUUUGUGCUAAGUUCUGUUAUGGAAUCACAAUUAAUCUGAGUGCCCAUAACUUUGUGCCUGCCUUUUGUGCCGCCAAGUUCCUUAGAAUGACUGAGUCAGUAGAGAAGGGAAACUUUAUUCUCAAACUUGAGGCCUUCUUCAAUUCUUGCAUUCUUGAAGGCUGGAAAGACUCCAUUGUCACACUACAGACCACUGCAAAGUUGCCUGAGUGGUCCGAAAAUCUUGGAAUCAUCAGAAAGUGCAUUGAUUCAAUUGUAGAGAAAAUUCUCACCCCUCCUGCAAAGGUCACUUGGUCCUACACUUAUACUAGACCCGGUUACAACAAAAAACACCAUUCUGUCCCAAAGGAUUGGUGGACAGAAGACAUAUCAGACCUUGACAUAGACAUGUUUCGAUGCAUAAUGACCGCCCUUAGGACUAUAAACAUCCUGCAGCCACAGCUCAUCGGCGAAGCACUUCAUGUCUAUGCCAGUCGUUGGUUACCAGACACCACCAAGGUUAGAGCUCCAGAGAGUUCAGUGUCUCGGGCCGAAGAAUUCGAGGAAAAGAAUCGAAGAGUACUUGAAAUCGUCGUGAGCUUGAUUCCCACAGACAAGGGAUCGGUUUCCGCUGGCUUCUUGAUGAGGCUCCUUAGCACUGCAAACUACCUAGGAGUGUCUCCUGUGACAAAGACAGAAUUGUUGAGGAAAUGUAGUCAACAACUUGAGGAGGCAACAGUUGAAGACAUACUUUUUCCUUCACAAUCAUCCCAGCUCAACCAACACUUCUACGACAUUGAUCUGGUCUUAUCAGUGCUAGAGAGUUUCUUGGUGCUAUGUAAAAGGCAAACCCCUGCCUCUAUAGAAAGCAGCCAAUUUCUGAGGUCACUAAGAAAAGUUGGGAAACUCAUUGAUUCUUAUCUUCAAGUUGUGGCAAGGGAUGUCAAUAUGCCGGUAUUAAAAGUGGUAUCUUUAGCUGAAGCUGUGCCUGAUAUUGCUAGGGAAGACCAUGAUGCGAUUUACAAGGCAAUCAACAUUUAUCUAAAGGACCAUCCUGACCUGAACAAGGCAGAGAAGAAGCGGCUAUGCCGGAUACUGGAUUGCCAAAAACUAUCCCCGGAGGUACGCGCGCACGCCGUGAAAAACGAGCGGCUUCCAUUGAGAACCGUGGUGCAACUUCUCUUCUUUGAGCAAGAGAGAGGUUCCACCACAACGACAAACAACAUCACCAACAAACUGUCAUUCCAAGAGCUCAUUCCCAAAGGGAAACAAGCACCAACCCCAAGAAACGAGCAGGGUAAGCUAAAACUCGGUCCGGAUCACGAGAAACCAAGUGGUACCACGUACGGCACCAAAAGUACUGCUGCUGUUUCCGAAAGCGGCGAAAAAGACAAUCACAAGAUCGUCGUGAAGAGAUCAGAAGGGAAAGUGCCGGUGGAAUUGGAAAGAAAAUCUGGAAGAGGAGAGAUUGAGGAAAUGGAUGCAGAGAAAGGAAGGGAUACUGGGAAGUUGGAGUCUAGGAGGAUGAACUCAAAGGGAAGUAGAUCAGAUCCUGGACGUGACAAAGGCAGAGAGAGAUAGUUAAAUAUCCAUACAUUUAAAGAAAGACCCUCAUAUCGAUUUUCGCAGUUUGAAGCCAUUUUAAUUCUGUAUUUUUUUUUUUUUUUAAUUUACGUUAGAAGAUAUGUUGUUAACUGUUGUAAUUGUAAGCAAGGUUUUAGGGCCGUUCUUCAUUAAACCAUAUUAUUGUUAUAAGUGUCAUCCAUAAAAGGGCUAUUGCCCAUUGGU